AUGAAAGGCGGGCGCCACCGAAGACAUGCCAGCAGUGGUGCAGAGGCCUCAGUCAAUGGCAGCAGCAACUCCAUCGACGGCGCUGCCUGGACAGUCGACGCAAACCAAGAAAGGCGAACACACAGCCUGCAAGGCAGCUCGCACAACAACAACACCGACAGCACCGACAGCAGGGAGGGAGGAACCAGCUCUCACGAUGACGCACCGUCAACAACAGGACCAACAGCAGGAUCAACAGCAGGAACAACAACCAAGGCAUCUUCUCCACGAGUGCCUGCGCCACCGACGCCAUCAACGCCGCCAGGGUCACGGAAGCAAGAGGGUGUGGCCUGCACAACGCCAUUGCGGGGCGGCCCGUUGUUCUGGACGGGUUCGGAGAACCACGACACCGACGACGAGGAGCUGGCAGCGCUCGCGCAGACAGACGUCCUCUUCUACCCCAAGCCCCAGUGGCCCUCCACCACACGCGCCCACACGUCCAUCGACACCGCGCUCCGCCGCGUGUGUAUGCAAGACGAGGACGGCGCCGCCGAUGCGCUCAUGGCAGAAGAGAAAGCAGACGCUGCUGUUGUCGUCGAUGAUGACGAUGUAUUUGCUGCCGAUGGAGAUGCGAGGUCGCCGCCUUUCAGUGUCCAGCGACAGGCGCUGCGGCAGAAGCGGUUGAGAACGCUGCAAGCGAAGCGAAGGACGCUGUCACGUCGCCACACCAUCAGCGGCCUGGCAGAGAUUCACGCCUUCAAAUCCUUGGACAGGACGCUCGCCCUUGUCCUCAGUCCAUCGCGGCCGCAGGCACCCGCACCUGACACAUCCUCGCCAAUCGUUCCCUAACACACGUGCCCCUGUAUGUAUUCAGUUGCUUGUGUGUUUGUGCAUGUGUGUGUGCUUC